AUGGCGCCGGUCAGGACACGCGACGCGAGUGCGGAAAAUGCUCAGGGAAAUAAAGCGAAAAGAGCAAAAAUAGACGUGAAAAGCGCCGCCGAUCAGCUAAUUACCAGCAGGAAAAGCGCCAACGGUGUUUUCGAUGUUCUGGAGUGUUUACAGUCGGAGAAGGAGGGUGAAGUUAUCAGCGCCGUCAGUGCAUGCGGCAGGCUGUUCGGCACUUUCUUGGAGAGGGGAGACCUGUUCGUCGGAAGACUGGCGAGUGAGGAGGAGAUGCUGAGUGGAGAGCACAGUUCUGAUGGGAAAUACGCUAUUUUCAUGCGCCAUCGAUACAACAGCUGUGUGAAGAUGCUACUAGAGCACCUCAGCCAUGACAGUUAUCAAGUAAAUGUGAGUUCCUUGUGUGCCCUGAUGAAGUUUGCAGAAAAGGAAGGACUGAAGCCCCUGGAAGACUUGGAUUGGAGUGAACACUACAGCUUCCCAAGAGGACUCAUUCAGGCGGUGGUGGAGAGGCUGCUGUCUAAAACAAAAGACAACUCGUUGCUGAUCUCGAGGUUUCAAGAGUUCCUGGAGAUGGAGGACGUUCGCUAUUACGUCAUGAGCUCCGUCCGUGAGGAUGUGAGCAAGGUCAUGGAAAAAAAUGGCAGGGAAAUAUUACCCAUAUACCAGAAUAAUGUGUUCACGCUCAUGUCCAGUAUCAACAUGCCAGUCAAGGAGUCAGAGCUCAGCAACUUUAUGGUCAAACAGGAAGCUAAGCACGAGGGCUGGAAAGCAGCGAAUUUAAACGAUCACAGGCGAGCCUUUGAGAGGAUGUGGCUUGGCUUUCUCAAGUAUAAGUUGCCAAACAACAUGUACAAAAAGAUCUUGGUAAUCAUCCAUGAGUCCAUCUUACCUCACAUGAUGAUGCCCACGCUGAUGAUGGAUUUCUUCACUUCUGCCUAUGAAGUCGGAGGAGCAAUUAGUCUGCUGGCCCUCAAUGGCCUGUUUGUGCUCAUCCAUCAACACAACCUAGAUUACCCCGAUUUCUACAAGAAGUUGUACAAUCUACUGGAACCUUCUGUUUUCCACGUGAAGUACAGAGCGCGGUUUUUCCACCUCACCAACCUCUUCCUUUCUUCCAGUCACUUGCCACUUUACCUAGUGGCAGCCUUUGCCAAGCGUCUGGCUCGUCUGGCUCUCACAGCACCUCCUGCAUCCCUCCUCAUGAUACUGCCUUUCAUCUACAACCUCAUCCGUCGGCACCCCUCCUCCAGAGUCCUCAUUCACAGGCCCAGCACAGCAGAUGAGCCUUGUCAAGACGCAUACCUAAUGGACGAAGAGGAUCCAGCCCUGUGCUGUGCCCUGGAGAGCAGCCUGUGGGAGAUUAAGACGCUGCAGAAACAUUAUCACCCGGACGUGGCCAAGCUUGCCAUGACGAUAAACACACCCCUUCGACAGCAGGAGGAGGACAUCAGUGAACUGCUGGAGACGACAAGCUACGAGCUGAUGGAGCGGUACCUCCAGGAGACUCUGCCUAAGGACGUCCCACUGGAGUUCGACCCUGCCGUGGUAUUACUACAAGGAGGAGGAAACGUCUUAGGCCAUCACUUUUGUAUAAAGUAAAGUCACAAACCAAACGCUGGGCGCUGUGUACAUAUUGCACCUCAGAAGCCGUGAACCACCUUGGAACAGUUUAUUUAUGAGGCGGUAUGAAGCAACGGGACUUGACCGAGGAUUUAUGACGAUAGGGUUAACUUUGGGACCUAAGUAUAAAGUCGUCUUUCAAACACACGCGAUCUGGAAUAAAUGAGCAGAUAGUCCGAUGAGCUGUACGGCAUACCAAUAAAAACGGAAAU